UGCUCGUGCUUUGUCUCUGUCUUUCAAAAAUAAACAUAAAAGAAUAUUUUAACGAAUACGGUUUUCUUGUCUUUGGGGGCAUGAGUAACAGUUGCGCUUUUCUCUCCUUUCGUUUUUCUAAGCUUCCUUUUUGCAUGGUCUUCGUCUCCCCCAGGUUCGGCGUCUGCAGCUGGCCUCAGCUUGUCUAGAUCGUCUAGAUCGUCCAGAUCUUUCCAGGUGGCGGGCUUCCCGGGAGUACUCUUGCUCAGGGCCAGGGCCCGGGGCGGGUUGGUCUGUGGUGACACUGGGGGGUGCGCCCCUGCCUCCGGUGCCCUGGUGCUACCCCUCUGCCUCGCCCCCCCUUCUCCGCCUCCCAGCCUACCGGUGAGCAGUGGGGAAGGUCCUGGGGCCUCCGGCUUCCUGGUCUCUGGGCUCCCGGUGUGGCUGUGUCACAUCCGGCACCCCAGGAUCUGCUCUCCGGUUCUAGAACUCUGGCACUGCUGUCUCAGCUCUGCUCACGUCCCUUGCUCACCGGGUCAUUAGGGUUUAGAGGUCAGGGGCCUCCAGUCCGCCCGCCAUCUGUCACCCACUCUGGCCUGGCCUUUUUUCCCAAGUGUUCGUAACUUAACUGAGAUGGUGCUCCAUUUCGUGUCCUUUUCCUCGAUUCCCUUACGGUACAUUUCCUCGUGCGCAGGAAAACUGCGAACUGUUCGCGAUGGCUGCUUACGCUACGGUCCGCUGAAGUGUUGCUGGCCUUGACUCUUUAGCUUCUGUCCCUUUUGGAACGUUAAGGACGAUGUGGUGGGGCGCCUGGGCGGCUCAGUUGGCUAAGCCUCCGACUCUUGGUUUCGGCUCAGGUCACGAUCUCCCAGUUCAUCAGCUCAAGUUCCGCAUCGGGUUCUGCGUCGGGCUCUGCGCUGUCAGCACGUAGCUUUCUUGGGGUAUUCUCUCCGUCACUGCCUGUCUCAAAAGAAGUCAAUUUAAAAAAAAAAAAAAAAAAAAAAGGAUGAUGCUAAAACGGACCUCCUGAUAGCACUUCAGCUCUGCGGCGUGUGUCCUUGGGAGAGAAUCCCUGCCCGGCAGUUUCAGGCAGGAAGCUGAAGCCGUAGAGGGGUGGCUCUCAGAGGGAGAGGAAGGUCAUUCUAGUCGUUUACCUUAAUCAACCUGGACGCCGAGUCCCGAUUGCCCUCGGGGUGGGCCCAGCCACCGCCACCUGCCCUCAGCAAGCCCCCUGGCGGCUCCUGGGCCCGCAGUGCCUGCCUCCACUGCCCCCACGUGGGAGAAAACGGCGGAGGGUAGACAGGACAGAGCUGUAAACUAAGACCGAGCAGGAGAGACCGACCCCGAGGUCGCAGAGGCUGGGGGACGGUCGCCUAGCAGGGCUGCAGGGCCGCGGGGCAGACUCGGCCUUGCAGCGUGGCCCAGUCAGGCCCUUUGUGCCGCCUUGGCCUCCCCUCCGUGGACGGGCUCGGGCCCCGAGCUCUGGAGGAGGACUCCGUGGUCAGAGUGCAGGGAGGAGCCCACGUUGCGCAGGGAGGAAGGUGAGCUGCCUUCUGGGCGGUGGCGAGCAGGGGGCGCCUCCUCUGGCUCAGGGGCCUGUGGCGCUGAGCCCUCCCAGGAGAGCCCGCACCGUGGUGACCGGUAGUCGUUGAGGACAAAAGUCUCAGAGCCUUCUUUCGGCCCGAGUUUCUGAGUAAAGACCUUUCCCUGGAAAGCAGCGUUGGCCUUGGGCGCGGUCCUGCCCCUCCUUCCAGAGGGUGCUCACGGGCACGGGUGGUGAAUAAGCCGGGAUCUUCUCUUCACAGCUGGCUGGAGGAGGGCUCACCUUGGUGGGCACUGCCCCGUGCACAUUGCCCUGCCCUCCCCUCCCCACCGGCUCACCCCUCCCUGCUCCCACUAGGCCCUCCUCCCCCUUGUGCUUCCUUCCAUCGCCUCCUCCCGGGUCUCCCCGGACUCUCCCGGGCGCUGCCCCCGACGUGGCCGUCCUGGAAAGCUGGCUGUGGUAGGCCUUUGUGGUGCCCCGCAGGGCUGCGAGCUGCCUCGCCCGGGCGGGACUGCCUGCCUGGCCUCUCCAGACAGAGACCCGGCGGCCCAGCAUCCCUAACGUAGACUCUGGGCCCACCCUAGCUGGACAGAUGCGCUGUGGUCACGGGCCCUAGAAAAUGAUGCUGGACGAGAACCACCACCUGAUCCAGUGUAUCCUGGACUACCAGAGCAAGGGCAAGACGGCCGAGUGCACCCAGUACCAGCAGAUCCUGCACCGGAACCUGGUCUACCUGGCCACGAUCGCGGAUUCUAACCAGAACAUGCAGUCCCUGCUGCCCGCCCCGCCCACCCAGAACAUGAACCUGGGCCCCGGAGCGCUGUCCCAGAGCGGCUCCAGCCAGGGCCUGCACUCCCAGGGCAGCCUCAGUGAUGCCAUUGGCACGGGCCUGCCCCCGUCCUCCCUCAUGCAGGGCCAGAUCGGCAACGGUCCGAACCACGUGUCCAUGCAGCAGACGGCACAGAGCACGCUGCCCACCACCUCCAUGAGUAUGUCGGGCAGUGGCCACGGCACGGGGCCCGGCUACAGCCACUCGGGACCCGCCUCGCAGAGCGUGCCCCUGCAGGGCCAGGGCGCCAUCGGCAACUAUGUGUCCCGGGCCAACAUCAACAUGCAGUCCAACCCAGUGUCCAUGAUGCACCAGCAGGCGGCCUCGUCCCACUACAACUCGGCGCAGGGCGGGAGCCAGCACUACCAGGGCCAGUCGUCCAUCGCCAUGAUGGGCCAGAGCGGGCAGGGGAGCAGCAUGAUGGGGCAGCGGCCCCUGGCGCCCUACCGGCCCUCCCAGCAAGGCUCGUCCCAGCAGUACCUGGGCCAGGAGGAGUACUACGGAGGCGAGCAGUACGGACACGGCCAGGCCGCCUCGGAGCCCAUGAGCCAGCAGUACUACCCUGACGGACACGGAGACUACGCCUACCAGCAGUCGUACACGGAGCAGAGCUACGACCGGUCCUUCGAGGAGUCCACGCAGCACUACUACGAGGGCGGGAACUCGCAGUACAGCCAGCAGCAGGCGGGGUACCAGCAGGGCGCAGCCCAGCAGCAGGCCGGGUACCAGCAGCAGUACCCCAACCAGCAGAGCUAUCCCGGGCAGCAGCCGGGCUACGGGCCUGCCCAGGGAGCCGCCUCACAGUACUCCGGGUACCAGCAAGGACAAGGCCAGCAGUACGGAAGCUACAGGGCAUCUCAGACGGGCCCGUCCGCCCAGCAGCAGCGGCCUUAUGGCUAUGAGCAGGGCCAGUAUGGAAAUUACCAGCAGUAAGGGACAAGCGUUCUUGGUAGAGCCUUGUGGUGGCAUGUCCCCUGGGGAUGGUUGGGCCGGUGGCAGUUCUGGUGAACUCUGACCUCUUGACUGCCCCUCCGCCCCACGCAGCGUCUGCAUGUGAAGCGUGCACGUUUCAUCUGGGUACGAUGCCAAGGGUGCACCGCUGGCGAGAGACGGCGCUUUGAUGGUGUGACAUAUCCGGUGCUGUGUAUAGUAUUGUACGUCCAUACGACGGGGAGGUUGUCUCUUUUGUCCCCCUCCCCCUUGAUGUUUCUAGCUAGCUUUAGGGGUCCUGUUGUCACCAGAGUAUUCUGUGCCCAGCAAUGGGACACAUCUACCAGAUGCCAUAGUCCGUGUGUUCACACAAGCAGGCCUCGGGUCUGCUCCUCCUCACGCAGUUGUCGUCAUGUGGGUUGUAAACUUGUCUUUCACUGGCCACACCGCAGCUGGACACGCGCGCACAGCCCCUGGGUGGCAGCCUCUCCCUGUGCCUCGAUGGCGGGGGAGGGCAUCUUCUGUGUUUUGGGUCAGUUUCUGGUACGCAGCGGAAAGUAUAAACGUGCUUCGUUUGGGGAGGCUGCGAAUAGCCCUUGCCAGGCUCGUGCGCUCCCUGUGUCUCUCGCCAAUUGUGUUUAUCCAAAAUGUUUUAUGUUUUUGUAUAAAGAGUAAAGAGGGAUCAACGAGUAUAUUCCAGAUAAACGUACGAUUAGCCUGACCCAGGGAAGGAAAGAGGGUAGUUCUUUAAAAUGACUGGCCUUGGCCCUUAUUUAUCUGACGGUCAGUUCUGGGAUUUGGAUAUUUGAUAUUGCCCUGUUCUGAAUUGAGAAUUUAAAAUAUUUAUACCAAAAUUUCCAAACGGUUGGCAAGUAUUUUCUUUUAUAUUCUUUUCUUCCAGGACCUGCUUAUCCAGCUCUCUAAGCAAGUGUUCCUUUUCUUUUAGAGAUAUCUGAAAUUCACACCUUAUUUUCAAAAAGAACCCCACAAAUUUGACUGUGUUCUUCCCAAGGAAAAGGAUUCAUAUAGGGAAAUUUGAGUAAAUUUUACAUUCCUAGAACAUCAAAUCCCAUUUAAGCUCUCAAGCAUUAUACACAGCUCACUUGGAAAAGCAUAGUAAAAGGAAACCUUCUGUUUCACUAAUUAGUAAUACAAACAUUCUGUCAGCUUUUACCUGGAUAAUAGUAUCCAUGUGAAUACUUUAAAAACAUAUUUGGAUAAAUGCUGACACACUUCCAAGAACAACCAAGAAAAUGCAAAAAAAUAUCCAAUUCUUUACACACCAGGUCUACUGACGAUGGUGUUUUUAAAUUGAUAAGUUUCGCGUUUUAAAAGUCUACAAUAGUCCUUCAUCCGGAGGUGUUGAAUGGCUUACAGUUUACAAGGCAUUUUAUGCUGUUUUUGUUUUGUUUUCUUUUGUUUUGUUGCUUGAAUGAAUCGUGACAGUCCACACUGGGAAAUACGGAGGCAAUUACUGCUCCCAUUUUACAGAUGAAGAACGGAGGUGCAGAUUAAAGAUUGCCCCAGAUGAGUACCAGUCCUGUUCUAGCAUAUUUUCCCCUCUUCUGUGGGGACAGAAUCACACGUACAUUGGGAUAGGAGUGUCUAUUUUAUAGGCAUAUGGGUUUUAAAAACUCUUAACGCUGGUAAGGGCUUAAAGAUACGUACUCUAUUAAAUUACUGAAAGAGAGUUCGUAGUUGCUAAAUGACACAGACAUGAGUAAUUUCAUUUAGGGAGGUGUCUCCCUCGAUUUUGUCCUGUUCUUUCCUGACAGUUUUCAUAGAACUGACUUGCAAACUCCAUCGGGAACUAAAAUUUCCCACUGAAAACGUUACACAUUUUAGAUAACUGUGAAAGUGGUUUCAUUUUUAUUCCUUGCCAAUCUGCGAAUAUGCCUUUUAUGUGUGUGUGUUUUUUUAAGUGCUGUAUUACUACUUUUUGAAAGGAAAGGACACUUACACUUAUCCCAGAACUUCAAUCUGAAAUGUCUUACAUUAAGAAUUUCUUGAAUGUUGUGUAUAUAUUUUAAAAAGCACUUUGUGAAAUAGUUUGUACAUUUAUUUCCUAAUUUAUACAUGAUUUGGGGUAUUAAUAUAUUUACUGAUUAAUAACGGAAUGUUUAUUUAAUGUCUCGUCCGUUUUUGUGUGCUGUUGUGGGGAAGAGGUGGUGCCAGCAGUUCUGUAUCAUUAAACCUAUUACAUCUUCUCUUCUGUAACAUGUUUGCAAAGCUUAGGCUAAAGUGAGUUGUUCGUGCAGUGUGGUCGAUGGUGCUUUGUUUUUUAUGACUCCUUCCACAGAAGGCCAGUGACGAUGCAAAGGACGCUCGGAACGUGAUGCUCAUUCUUCCUCCCAAUUGUCCCCGAGCCACAGCAGGUCUCGGACCUGAGAGACGCCCGCGGCGUCCAGAAGUGCACGUGAACACGGCGGCACGCGGAACCUCACCCCCGUUAGAGUUUGCCGUGCAGCCACUGGCUAGUGGGGACCUGGGCUGCUGGAAGGUUCCGGGGGUGGGGGGGGGGGCAGCCUCAGGACCGCUGGGCUGCGAGGGCCCAAGCCUCAGGGCCGCCGGUGUUUGCGGGAACAGGUGGUCUGAGUGCGGGCGUCUGUUCAGAGCUGCACAGGAGGAAGAUGUUUCUGUUCCCCUCUCGAUUUGUUGCGCUGUUACUUCAUUUCUAGUAACGGAACAGGUCAAAUUCGUCUUAUUUGUGAGCACGGUACAUUUUCUGAAAAACAUCCUAUCAGUUCAGUUUUUUCCGGUCGGGAGUUUGGCGCAUAUAAAUUGCUUAUGAUUUGGUGUAAUGUAUGAAUAAACUGGUUCUUCAAAACCACCCUAA